AUGUCAGCAAUUGGCUGUACUGGGUUACAAUUGUACAACUUCGGCCAAACAGUCAGUAUGGUGUUCUUUACCGAAACCUGGAAACCAUCGUCCUUCUAUGAUCGGAUCAAGGAAAAUGCCCAGAUAGGCCUUCACACACUUGUUUUGCUCGAUAUAAAAGUGAAGGAGCAGUCGUUGGAAAAUAUGGCUAGGGGAAAGAAGAUCUAUGAGCCUCCCCGGUACAUGACUGUCGCACAAUGCGCGAGCCAAAUGCUCGAGAUUGAAGAGCAACGAAAGGAGGCAGUAUAUGGGCCCGACAGUCUUGCCAUAGGUGCUGCGCGAGUCGGCGCUGAAGAUCAGAAAUUAGCCGUUGGCACUCUAAAGCAGCUAACAGAGAUAGACAUGGGAGAACCCUUGCAUUGCCUGAUUCUGCUAGGAAAGAGAACACAUGACUUAGAGAGGGACUUCAUUCGUGAUUAUGCUGUUUGCAGAGAUAUCUUUGACAAUGCUUGGAAAAAACAUCAAGAGACGACUAUAUAA